UCUAAUCAAUUAAUGUUUUACGUGAUGAACUUCACAGUGAUUAGAAUUCAUAUGAUAAAUGAAUGAGUUUAUAAAACGUCUUUUAAAAGAUUAUAGUCUUUUAUUUAAGAUAAUUCAAUUGGUACGUAGAUCGCUUAAUAGAAUUUUCUUUUAGAGGCAAUAGACUAAAAACUAAGAUUUAGGUUUUAGUAUGCGUUUGUAUGAAUAUCUUAUCGGAAUGUGAAGAACACUCGAUAUCAAUAUGGUUAUGGAUUGUCUAUUCAAUAAAUUCCGUAACUUACGCUAUUAUCUUACUUGUUUUGAGUUUGGCACAGAUUUUUCAAAAGAAAAAAAACAUCAUGGAAUUCACCUAUUUUCUGAUCGGUAUUAUUUUAUAUUGGAUAGCAGGUAUCUCAGGUAUCAUUAGACAUUAUACGAUAAUACAGAUUAACAAUAAAAAUCAAUGUAAUGAGAAAACAAUUGGAAUCAUUUUAAUAAUAUCCUCCUUCCUAAUGAUGUUUGAUGUUUGUAUGAAAAUUUGGAUGGAAAAAAGACAAGUGUAUCUGAUUGCAGAAUUGCGACCACAAGAAAUAGAAUUGCCAGAGCAUUGAUAAGAAUGAUUCAACGAAAGAUGUAACUAAAACUUUAAAUAAAAAACUUGAAACAUUUUUUACAUUGUUCAAACUUACUUCUACAUUGUACCUUCAAAUAAUAUCAAAUCUUUUCAUGAAACUUGAUUUAUGAAGUUUUAGUUACAAUUACGA